AUGUUGGACUGGAAGAUGAAAGGUCACCAAGAGGCUCAUCUGCAGGACUGGAAGCAGAAAGAUCACCAAGAGGAUCUUAUGCAGGACUGGAAGCAGAAAGGUCACCAAGAGGCUCGUCUGCAGGACUUGAAGCAGAAAGAUCACCAAGAGGCUCUUAUGCAGGACUGGAAGCUGAAAGGUCACCAAGAGGCUCAUCUGCAGGACUUGAAGCAGAAAGGUCACCAAGAGGAUCUUAUGCUGGACUGGAAGCAGAAAGGUUAUCAAGAGGCUCAUAUGCUGGACUGGAAGCAGAAAGGUCACCAAGAGAAGAUGAAAGGUCAACAAGAGGCUCAUCCGCUGGACUUGUAG